AUGGCAAUUGUUCGAUUCGAUACAAAACAGGAAGAGGAGAUUGAGUUUCACUCGGACGCUGAAAGUUUGAAUGCAUCUUUAUAUUCCCACCCACCUGAUCCAUCACUGGGAUAUGGAAACACAACAACUGGAAGUAAUUUGUAUAAUGUAUUAAAGAAAUUUCUCAAUAAUGGGAAGGUUUCAAUAUGCGGAGCCCAAGUGUUAGUAUUAGUCAAACGGUAUCCAGAUGAGUCUGAUGUAUCUGACAUCAUUUCCCAACUACGAUCCAAUCAUGUAAUGGUAUACAUUGCUGUCGACAGUGUCUCAUCGGGCGGUUCCAAUUCUGCCUCUCUGUACGAAGUGUCAUUUCAAACUAAUGGAUACUGUGCUUUUGCCACCGACAAUGCUCUUCAGAAAGCUUUUGGCUGGAUGACCAAUAUACUUGGAUUCCCUUACCAAUUCAUUGCUCAAAACUUUGUGGUUUCUGGAUCGGGUCGAAUCGAAAUACCGGUAUUCAAAACUCCGAUACCAGCGGGUUAUUCUGACACCUGUUCAUUUGCAAUAACUGUUCAAAACCACACACUUGAUAAUUCAUUCGUCUCAAUGAAUUACACAAUUGCGAGUACUGAUGGAUCUUAUGUCUAUAAAUAUCCGAGUGUCCAAUCAUAUCCUCUUUUUGGAACUGCACAAUCAGGUUAUGUGUGGUUGAACGGAGACCUCUCAUACACAUGGACAAUUGAUUAUCAUUAUAACACUGAUGAACCCCAAAUCAUGGAAUGUAGAAUGUACAGUACUUAUUACCACGACUUCCUUCCACUACCAGAUUUCUAA